UUACACCAAUGUGAGUUGACUUAACUCUAAAGAGAAAAAACAGUUUAUAAAGUCUAAUUAAUUGGGGGAGUUUUAGAUCAUAAAAUCUAUUUUUCUUGGCGUAAAGGAUAUCAGGUCUGAAACGGUUGCCAUUAGUCUAGAGAAAAUGUCCUCAAUUGCUGACAUCCUCAUGAAGCUAUGGGCUUCAUGGAAUAUCAGAGGAUUGAUUAUUCUGAGCCUCUUGGUCCAGUGUUUCUUAGUUCUGUUUGCACCUUUAAGGAAACAGAAGGGGGGAAAAUGGGUCUUCAUGACUUCGAUGUGGUUCGCAUACUUCCUUGCAGACUGGGUUGCUACAUUUACUAUUGGACUCAUUUUACGUUCUGAAAGAAGUUUCAUCUUAGUCUUUUGGGCACCUUUUCUUUUGUUGCAUCUUGGUGGCCCUGACACAAUUACUUCAUUCUCUUUGGAGGAUAAUGAGUUCUGGAUUAGACACUUGCUUGGGCUUGUGUUACAGAUUGCUUCCACUGCCUAUGUUAUCCUUCAUUCACCCCCACACAACAAGCUUUUGUUCCCAGCUCUCCUGGUGUUAGUUGCUGGAAUAAUCAAAUAUGCAGAGCGAAGCCGUGCUUUUUACCUUGCAAGUUUAGAGCAUUAUGGAGAUAAGGGAAGGGCUUCCAUUUACCAGCGAGAAGUAGAAGAUUCUUUUCAACGUGGGACAAGAAAGGAAUUAGUAGCGGCCUAUGGCAUUAUCAAGAAUCUACUCGUUGGGCCUCUUCUAACUCCAAAGUACCGCAUUUCCAGCAGACAAGUCUUGGAUGGAAAAUGCCCAGAACAAGUCCUCCAGAUGAUGGAGAUUGAGCUAAGCCUCUUGUAUGAAGCUCUUCACACCAAGUUGCCAGUGGUUCAUAUCAAGAUUGGAUACAUUUUCCGGUUAAUUAGUUUGAGUUGCAUUUUCGGAGCCUUGUUGUCAUUCAGAUUAAUUCCCCAACACCCCAAGUUGAGACAUGUUGAUAUCUGGAUAACCUAUGGUUUGCUGAUCGGGGCCAUAACAUUGGAUUUCAUAUCCAUCGGAACGCUUAUUCUUUCCGAUUUUAAUCUAGCUUAUUAUUGUUUGAGAGGGAGUACCAAUGUCAAAAUUGUGGCAUGGAUUCAUAACAGGGUCAUCAACAGGCGUAGGUGGUCCAAAAUAAUCCCCCAGCACAACUUGAUAACCUAUUGUCUCAAUGACUAUCCAGAUUGGUUGAUCAAAUUUGCUGAUUUGCUUUACUUAAGGACAUUUUUAGAGGCCAUUAAAAAGAAGCUAUGCCUGUCGUCACAAGAGUUGAACGAGCAAGUGUGGAACUUCAUUUUUGAACAAGUGAAGACUAUGGCUGUGUCUGCAAAGACGGUUGAAAUGGGCAAGGAAAUUUGUCUAAGAAGAGGUAAUGGAAUUCUUGACAACGACGAAAAGUUUAGGGAUGUCAUCUGGAGCAUCAAGGAGUUAGAUUACACAGAAAGCCUUGUAACGUGGCACAUAGCCACCGACUUCUGCUUUCAUGACAAGGACGGUAAUUCUUCUGACAAUAUGGAUUACAGAGAAAUAUCCAAGUCACUCUCAGAUUAUAUGUUUUACCUUCUGGAGAUGGAGCCUGCUGCAAUGGCCACCGUGUCCAUGGAUCGGAAAGUGGUACGUGAAGCAACAUAUGACCAGAUAAAAGGUUUCAUCAAUGGUCAAUCCUGUUUGGAUGGGAAAAAUGUCUCCAGAGCAAUCUUUGCGUUAAAUCCAGAGCUUGACUUCGUGUCUCCAAUUGGAAGAAAACCUGUUUUUCUUUAUGCGCGUAAACUUGCCCACCAGUUGAAGGAAUUGGACAAAUCGAAUGGAUUUCCGUGGGAGUUAAUGAGCAAAGUUUGGGUUGAAUUGAUGUGCUAUGCUGCUGUCAAUUGUAGGGCAAAUGUGCAUGCACAGCAACCAAGUAGAGGUGGACAACUUAUCACUAUCGUUUGGUUGUUGAUGAAUUGGUUCGGUCUUGGAACUCAAUUUGCAACUGGAUUUCAUGAUGUAGUUUGAUUCAUGUCUCUAUGUAUAUGCGCAUGUGUAUAUGUAUGUGCAUGUCUUGUCAGUUAUCCUUUUAUAUAUGAGUGCUUGAGCUUAUUAUUAUUAUUUAUUUGGAAUGCUAGUUUAUUGUAUUAUACAUUUAGUAAUAUUGGCAAUGGAGUUUGCCUUUUUAGUAUGGUUGUAAUUCGAUUUUGUGCUUCUUUUUUAUUCAUUUAUUUAUAUUCUGUUUGAACUAUGUUAGAGUAUCUUUUGUUCAUUUUGCAAGAAUUUUUUUUUCUAUUAAAAAAGUUAAACUACA